CGCGGCCGUUAGCGGUCCUGCACCGGCAACGGUUGGUGUUCCGGUAGUCCCCGCGGCCGCAGUCUCCCUAGGUCGCAAUGCGCGUGACCCGGCCCCCGUUUGCGCGCUCGCCCCCUUCGCUGGCGCAGUCACCGCGCGGGGCGGCCGCCCGUGAGGUAGCUCCCACGGCUUGUGACAACGAAUAAAGCUCCGGACAGCAGAGCCCUCGGCGACAGCUGGGCGGGCGGCUCCGGCCGGGAGCGGCGGCCUGUGCGCUAUCGGGAGGAGAGAGCGGCGGAGGCGACCUCCGGCCCGGGCUCGCACCAGCCGCCCGGCAGGCGCGACAUGAACCUGGUCUGGCAUUCGCGGGAUGCUCCUUGAGCCCCUUCUCUGGCUAUUACCUCCGGGGGACGGUUGUGGCCACACCGACACGUAUUUUCCAAAUCAUUGUUUAUUCUUGCGGCGGCGGGGCCGAACACGCUAUUUUUAAUUUUCUCAACAAGCCUUUACCCAGCAUUCAUCCAGUGAAACAGCUUGAUAACCGUUUCAAGGGAGCAUCCGCUCGGUUAAGAAGUCUCGGACUGAGCAGCUCGUGGAAGCCGGCAUUUGCAAAGUCCCUCCUCAAAUGCUCUGAAGAUUGUUGAGUCUUCCCGUAACUAUCAGUGUGCCCAGAAUCCCAUUCAAGGAACGUCUUGGUCCAGCGAUGCAAAGCACUGACGUUUCAAGCUGGAAGAGCCGGUAUUGUCCUCAUAAUAGUAUAGAAGAAUUCAAGUUAGGAGAGAGAGGCAGCAGCGAAUGAAGACUAUUAAAGAAAAGAAGAAGGAACGUCAAAGACUGAGAAAAUCUGCCAAGACAAGGAGGGUAACCCAAAGGAAGCCGUCUUCAGGGCCUGUUUGCCGGCUAUGCCUUCGAGAACCUGGGGAUCCCGAAAAACUGGGGGAAUUUCUUCAGAAAGACAAUCUCAGUGUGCAUUAUUUUUGUCUUAUCCUAUCUAGCAAGCUGCCUCAGAGAGGCCAGUCCAACAGAGGUUUCCAUGGAUUCUUGCCGGAAGACAUCAAAAAGGAGGCAGCCCGGGCUUCUAGGAAGAUCUGCUUUGUGUGCAAGAAAAAGGGAGCUGCCAUCAACUGCCAGAAGGAUCAAUGCGUCAGAAACUUCCAUCUUCCUUGUGGCCAAGAAAGGGGUUGCCUUUCACAAUUUUUUGGAGAGUACAAAUCAUUUUGUGGAAAACAUCGCCCAACACAGGACAUCCAGCAGGGGAAGGCAGGGGAGGAAAGCUGUGUCUUAUGUUGUGAAGACUUAUCCCAAGCAAGUGUUGAAAACAUCCAGAGUCCAUGUUGUAGUCAAACUGUCUACCACCGCAAGUGCAUACAGAAAUAUGCUCACACAUCAGCAAAGCAUUUCUUCAAAUGUCCACAGUGUAACAAUCGAGAAGAGUUUCCUCAAGAAAUGCUAAGAAUGGGAAUUCAUAUUCCAGACAGAGAUGCUGCCUGGGAACUCGAGCCAGGGGCUUUCUCGGAGUUGUAUCAGCGCUACCAACAUUGUGAUGCCCCCAUCUGUCUGUAUGAACAAGGCAGAGACAGCUUUGAGGACGAAGGGAGAUGGCGCCUCAUUCUGUGUGCUACAUGCGGAUCCCACGGAACUCAUAGGGACUGCUCUUCUCUUAGAGCCAACAGUAAGAAAUGGGAGUGUGAAGAGUGUGCACCUUCUGCUGAAGCCACAGGAUCCCAUCCAGGAUACCACAUUGCAUUGAGUCGUCAUGUCUCCCUAGGUUCCUCUUGGCUGUAACAGUUUGUCAGAUUUUCCUUGUUUUUGAUGACCUUGGCAGUUUUGAGGAGUACUGGUCAGGUAUUUUGAGAGCCCUCAGUUUGAAUUUGCCUGAUGUUUUUCUCAUGAUUAGACCAGGAUUAUGGGCCUGGGAGAGGGAGAGCACACAGGUAAAGUGCUGUUGUCGUCACAUCAUAUCCAAAUUACAUUCUGUCAACAAGUCUUCUGCUGAUGGUGACCUUGAUCACCUGGUCAAGGAGUGUUUGUCAGGUUUCUCCAGUGUAAAGUUACUUCUUUUCCCCCCUUUCCAGACUGUGCCUUUUGGAAGAAAGUUACUCUGUGUAGCUCACAAUUAAUGAGCAGGGAUUUAUGCCCCCUCCCUCCUUGAGGACAGAAUAUCUAAUUAUUUGGAAUUCUUCUGCAUGGGAGAUUUACCUAUUCUCUCCCAUUUAUUUAUUCAGUCAUUUGUUUAUAUCAGUCUAGACUUAGGGAUAUGUAUAGUAUACUCUGAGUUAUAAUCCAGUACUACUUGAUUUAUUUUGUUGCUCAAAUUAUUCUAGCUUUGGCCACUGGGAGUUCCUGUGUCCUUUUCACAUACCACUAUUAUUGAGUGGGGUUUUUUUUUUCUGUUGUUUUUCUGAGCACUUCUUUACUUUUUGGAGCUACAAGAUGCCCCAGGCUCAUCUUGUAUGUUUUAAAUAUGUGUUUUCACAAAUGGUGUGUCUAUUAGAAAUAAUUAGUGUUUUAUAACUUAGGUCCUAAAACGAAUAGUGCACUUGAGGAGGGUAGAAAUAGAUGUUACAUAAAAAUUCCCAAAGCACCUUCUCUACUUUCUCUAAUUCUUACCUUUGUAGUAAGCAUAAACUAAGGCCAGAAUCCCAGAACUUCCUCCUAUUUCCCUUUAUCUUCAACCACCCUCUUUCUUAUCAAUUUGAGUGUUUUACAGACAUUUGCAUUCCUCACUAUCCCAAUUGCCAGGGCUCAGCUCUAGACCCCUGUGCCUCAGAGGACUGCAGGAAAAGCCUUCUGUCUUCAUGGGUUCCUAUGUCCACUUGCUUUGCUGACACAUCCACUCUUUUCCCUUAUGAUAAUUGCCAUAAAGCAUCUGCUAGCUCUUUACUUAGAAUGGCUCUGCUGAGAUUGGCAUCCAAGCAAGGCCUUCCACAAAUACGGCCCUACUCUUCUGCAUCUUCCUGGAUACCCCACCCACAGGCACUCUGCCCUGGCUACCCUGGAACCCUGGCCCUGAGCAUGAAGUCUGCACUCCGGAGAGCCAUACAUAACCUUUAUCCUCAGCCUGUUGAAUCCAGCCUAAGGGCCAUUUCUUCACCCUUAGGCACUGCCACUGGUCUCUGUUUAUACUCCUAUUAGGGCUAGCAUCAUUCUCCACCUGAUCCUACAGUUGUGGAUCUAUCUCUCCCACUAGAUUGGAAGCCCCCUGAAGGCAGGGACCUGUCUGUCUUAUUAACGUUUCUCCACUCAUGUUGUCUGACUCUGGACCCCACAUUCAGAGACAGUGUGAUGUCUACUGCAUUGAUGGAAGUGCUUAUACCUUGUAUGCAUAAGCCUGUUGUUUUACUGUCAAACACCAGAGGGCACUGUCACAUAUUGAGGAAGAAGGUUAUAACCCUUUAGAGCUGGAAGUUUGAAAAGUUUGCUUCUAUUCUGGGAUUGUAUAGGACUUAAUUCUCUUCACUUGUUCUAAAUACAUCCAUUUGCGUUUAUUCAUGAGAUAUGCUCCUACUGGAUUUUGAAAUUAGUAUAAAAGUUAUUAAUGACACUUUCAUCCCAGGUCAAAGACUCAGACAGGUCUGCCUUCAUGAUCUAUCCAGACCCAAAGUGAUUGUCCUAAUUGCAGCUGCCCUCCUCCUACCUCCAAAAAAUGACUGCCAGUCGCAAAGGACAUGGGUGAAACAGUUCUGUUCUUUUGCCCCACCCUCCUUAUAUACCACACACACACACACACACACACACACACACACGCACAGGCCUCCCUCUAGUUAGUGACAUCAAUGGCUCUAACCUAAGGACCAGGCAGGAGGUUGCUAUGAGAAAUAGCAAAUCCAUUGGCCCUGCCCCCAGGGACCCUGUGUUAGCUCCUGUGUGCUCCCAGGCUGGAGGUGAGUUGCAGCAUCUUUGGGGUCCCCGGGCAUGAGAAGUCUCCCUACUAACUAAGCCAGGACACCCCAUUCCAGAGGCGUCUGAGAUUUGGCAGGAUCUCAUGCCUUGUACAUUUUUUUUUCCAGAAAGCAAUGUGGCAAUUGGAGGCCAUAAACCAAAAAGGUGAUAUUUUUCAGAAAACAAAAACCCAAAACCUCGUUCUAGCUUCUCUGUGGCAAACCACCUCUAGUAUGUGCAACAGCAUGAGACCCAUAUGGAAGGAGAGAGGCCCAGGGCUCCUCCCUCUUGUCUUUGGUAUAAACUUGUUCCUUGACCCUGCCCUGCGAGCACCUCUGAUAAACAGGAAGGCAUCUGCGCCAUCAGUGUCCAUCCCCCUCAGAGCAUCUGAGACCUGUCUGGGCCAUCAAAGCCAUCCCCAGCCCCCAGGAGCAUUGUGGAGGGGACUCCAGCCUCACCAAAAACAAUUCUCCAUUGUGUUCCCCCCUUGGAAAUCAGGGAUUUGUAAACAGGCCCUACAUUUAGACUGGUCCUGCCCUGUCUUUGUGCUGGUGUGUUGUUUUUUCUUCCCUAAACAAUGUCCUUUCCAGCAGGCCUAGCAGUUCACACCAUUGUCUGAGACCCUUGGACUACAGGAAACAGCACCAGAUUCUUAUCGGCUGGGGGUGGGGGGCAGCAUGAACAGAUGAGGUCAUGUCCAUAAACCAAGCUGCUGGUCUGCCA